ACUGGGGUGACACACUGUAACAAACCUCCUCCUCAAGUAAUCUCCUUACUGCCCAACAAAGACUUGGUCUGUGUCUGCUAGAUGAGGAGGUGUAGGACCUGUGAUGAUGUCAUAAUCAUGUGACCAGUACAGUGGGGGAGGAGUUCAGCAGGAGAUAAGAGGUUGUGGUGAAGGACCUGUAAGGAUGGUCAUGUGACAGCAGUGGGCGGGGCUCAGCAAUUUGAGAGAAUAAGUGGUGGUAAAGGACCUGUAAGAAUGGUCAUGUGACAGGAGUGGGCGGGGCUCAGCUGUGUGAAGAUAAGGCGGAAGGUAAUAAUAUGUGAGGUUUGUAUCAGCUUUAUAGGUGCGAUCAUCAUCUCCUUCUACAGGACCAACCCCUCCAGCUGAUCCAGUUGUCUCCUCUUCCCCUCCAGCUGAUCCAGUUGUCUCCUCUUCCCCUCCAGCUGAUCCGGUUGUCUCCUCUUCCCCUCCAGCUGAUCCGGUUGUCUCCUCUUCCCCUCCAGCUGAUCCGGUUGUCUCCUCUUCCCCUCCAGCUGAUCCGGUUGUCUCCUCUUCUUCCCCUCCAGCUGAUCCAGUUGUCUCCUCUUCCCCUCCAGCUGAUCCGGUUGUCUCCUCUUCCCCUCCAGCUGAUCCGGUUGUCUCCUCUUCCCCUCCAGCUGAUCCGGUUGUCUCCUCUUCCCCUCCAGCUGAUCCGGUUGUCUCCUCUUCCCCUCCAGCUGAUCCAGUUGUCUCCUCUUCCCCUCCAGCUGAUCCGGUUGUCUCCUCUUCCCCUCCAGCUGAUCCAGUUGUCUCCUCUUCCCCUCCAGCUGAUCCGGUUGUCUCCUCUUCUUCCCCUCCAGCUGAUCCAGUUGUCUCCUCUUCCCCUCCAGCUGAUCCGGUUGUCUCCUCUUCUCCUCCAGCUGAUCCGGUUGUCUCCUCUUCUCCUCCAGCUGAUCCGGUUGUCUCCUCUUCCCCUCCAGCUGAUCCGGUUGUCUCCUCUUCCCCUCCAGCUGAUCCAGUUGUCUCCUCUUCCCCUCCAGCUGAUCCAGUUGUCUCCUCUUCCCCUCCAGCUGAUCCAGUUGUCUCCUCUUCCCCUCCAGCUGAUCCAGUUGUCUCCUCUUCCCCUCCAGCUGAUCCAGUUGUCUCCUCUUCCCCUCCAGCUGAUCCAGUUGUCUCCUCUUCUCCUCCAGCUGAUCCACUUGUCUCCUCUUCUCCUCCAGCUGAUCCAGUUGUCUCCUCUUCUCCUCCAGCUGAUCCAGUUGUCUCCUCUUCUCCUCCAGCUGAUCCAGUUGUCUCCUCUUCUCCUGAAUGACCCCCAAGGAUGGAGAAGGACAGUAAUGAGAUGACUAAGAGAAUAUUACACUUCACCUUGGAGAUCCUCCACCUGCUGACCGGAGAGGAUUACAGUAUAGUGAAGAAGACAUGGGGGGAGUGUGUGGCCCCCAGCAGCCAUCUCCAUGAGUCAGGAAGACGAAGCAGGGCCCGGGGCCCCAUCAUGGAGCCUCCACCUCACCCACUGAUACAUGAGAAGAUCCUAGAACUCAUCCACAGGAUCACUGAGCUGCUGACUGGAGAGGUUCCUAUAAGGUGUCAGGAUGUGGCGGUCUAUUUCUCCAUGGAGGAGUGGGAAUAUGUAGAAGGACACAAGGAUCUGUACCAGGACAAAGUUAUGAUGGAGGAUCACCGGCCCCUCACAUCACAAGAUGGAGUCAUUGAUAGAAAUCCACCCGAGAGGUGUCCCCGUCCUCUGUAUUCCCAAGACUGUCAUGAAGGAAAUGUCCCAGAGAAGCAUCAGGGUGAAGAUCUGAUGGAUAUUAAGGUUGAGGUUAAAGAUGAAGCAGAAGAGGAGACGGAUUUCGGGGCCGAUCAGCAGUAUGGAGUCAUUGAUAGAAAUCCACCCGAGAGGUGUCCCCGCCAUCUGUAUUCCCAGGACUGUCCAGAGGGAAAUGUCCCAGAGAAGCAUCAGGGGGGAGAUCUGACUAAUAAUAAAGUGGAGGAUGAAGAAGAGAGGAUGAGGGGCCAUCACCCGUGUAUGAGGGAAGUGAAGGAGGAAAUUCCAGGAGGUGUUACCCCAGGAAAAGAAGAUGGAGAGAUCAUGGAGCGCUCCUCAGGAGAAGAUGGAGAGAUCAUGGAGCGCUCCUCAGGAGAAGAUGGAGAGAUCAUGGAGCACCCCUCAGGAGAAGAUGGAGAGAUCAUGGAGCACCCCUCAGGAGAAGAUGGAGAGAUCAUGGAGCGCUCCUCAGGAGAAGAUGGAGAGAUCAUGGAGCGCUCCUCAGGACAAGAUGGAGAGAUCAUGGAGCGCUCCUCAGGAGAAGAUGGAGAGAUCAUGGAGCGCUCCUCAGGAGAAGAUGGAGAGAUCAUGGAGCGCUCCUCAGGAGAAGAUGGAGAGAUCAUGGAGCACCCCUCAGGAGAAGAUGGAGAGAUCAUGGAGCGCUCCUCAGGAGAAGAUGGAGAGAUCAUGGAGCGCUCCUCAGGACAAGAUGGAGAGAUCAUGGAGCGCUCCUCAGGACAAGAUGGAGAGAUCAUGGAGCGCUCCUCAGGAGAAGAUGGAGAGAUCAUGGAGCGCUCCUCAGGAGAAGAUGGAGAGAUCAUGGAGCGCUCCGCAGGACAAGAUGGAGGGAUCAUGGAGCGCUCCUCAGGACAAGAUGGAGAGAUCAUGGAGCGCUCCUCAGGACAAGAUGGAGAGAUCAUGGAGCGCUCCUCAGGACAAGAUGGAGAGAUCAUGGAGCGCUCCUCAGGAGAAGACCUCCUUACCCCUAAUGUCCAUCCAGAUCUAUCCUAUAAUAAUCCACCUGAUCAUGGGGAACCUUCUCCUGACCAACCACACAUUGUUACCACAAGGACAGAGAAGAAAGGGGAGAAAAGGAUUCAAUGUGAUGAAUGUGGGAAAGAGUUUACAAGAAAUGUAGGUCUUUAUACACAUAGAAAAAUUCACACAGGAGAGAAGCCGUAUUCAUGUUCAGAAUGUGAGAAAUGUUUUACGUAUAAAUCACGUCUUGUUAAACAUAAGAGAAUUCACACAGGAGAGAAGCCGUAUUCAUGUUCAGAAUGUGGAAAAUGUUUUACAGGUAAAUCCUAUCUUAUUAUACAUGAGAGAAUUCACACAGGAGAAAAGCCGUAUUCUUGUUCAGAAUGUGGAAAAUGUUUUAUAAAGAAAGCAAAUCUUAUUGACCAUGAGAGAAUUCACACAGGAGAGAAGCCUUAUUCCUGUUCAGAAUGUGGAAAAUGUUAUAGACAGAAAUCAGAUCUUGUUAAACAUAAUAGAAUCCACACAGGAGAGAAGCCGUAUUCAUGUUUAGAAUGUGGAAAAUGCUUUAUAAGCAAAUCACAUCUUGUUAGUCAUGAGAGAAUUCACACAGGAGAGAAGUCAAAUUCAUGUUUAGAAUGUGGAAAAUGCUUUACAAAUAAAUCACAUCUUGUUCGACAUAAGAGCAUUCACACAGGAGAGAAGCCAUAUUCAUGUUCAGAGUGUGGGAAAUGCUUUAGAUUGAAAACAGAUCUUAUUAUACAUGAGAAAAUACACACACAAGAGAAGCCAUAUUCAUGUUCAGAAUGUGGAAAAUGUUUUAUAAGGAAAACAAAUCUUAAUGUACAUGAGAGAAUUCACACAGGAGAGAAGCCAUAUUCAUGUCUAGAAUGUGGGAAAUGUUUUAGACAGAAAUCAGAUCUUGUUAAACAUGAGAGAAGUCACACAGGAAAGAAUCCAUAUUCAUGUUCAGAAUGUGGAAAAUAUUUUACUAGUAAAUCAUAUCUUGUUAGUCAUCAGAGAAUUCACACAGGAGAGAAGCCGUAUUCAUGUUCAGAAUGUGGUAAAUGCUUUAUUAAUAAAUCACAUCUUGUGACACACAAGAGAAUUCACACAGGAGAGAAACCAUAUUCAUGUUCAGAAUGUGGGAAAUGCUUUACAAAUAAAUCAGGUCUUGUUACACAUGAGAGAAGUCACACAGGAGAAAGGCCAUAUUCAUGCUCAGAAUGUGAAAAAUGUUUUGUACGAAAACAAAAUCUUGUCGCACAUAAGAGAAUUCACACAAGACAGAGGCCACUUUGAUGUUCUUUGUGCGAA